AUGGCCGCCUCCCCGGAAAUCCGCCCAUCUGGCUCAUAUGAACCAACCACUGCAGACAUUCUCUUAGUCAAACGAUACUUCCAGUUAUCUUCAAUCCCACUUCCAGAUGAACUCAUCGAUGACAUUAUCGAUGCUGCGUCCUAUUGGGCGCACACCUCUGUAACAGUUAAUCGCACUGUUCGCACAAUUGCCCACGGCACCUCCAUCAAGUGCGGCCGAGACAUGAUGUACAUACGUACAUUACCUCUUGCAGUGUACGGUGCAGAAGGAGACUUCGUACUCAACCAGGAGAACUUGGAAGGAGGCGAGCUUGUCCUCGGCGGGCUACCUCCAACCGAGUCAAAUUGGGUAGCGCCUGCGCGUGUCAAACCUUUUCGAAAGAUCGAGUUCCAGCUUUGGAGUCAUGACCAAGGCUGGGUUACUGAUCAUCGCAGUCGUCGAGCAACGUAUGAAGGCUCUUUCUCCUGGUUCGAUGCCAGUGUGGAAAGACUUGACUCCACUUCAUAUCUCACGGAAAGCAUCGAGUGGCCCUCUUCACUCUUCUUUACCGCAGAUGUCGAGCGUCCAUUCUUACCUUCUCCUACGACACUCCAGAAAAAUAUCGUCGCGGAAAGUCUUACAACACACCAUAUCGUCACUUGGACGGACCUCGACAAUGUCAAAGAGCGUUCCCCCGAAGCGAUGGCGGCGGAGAGUGCGGGACAGGGAUGGAAAUCAUACGAUGGUAGAUUUGUACGUGACUUGCAGGUCGGAGACUGCAUUACUUUGUGGAUGAGGGCUCGGUUUCAAGGAUGGAGUAUGAAUGCUGAGAAGGCAAAGAUAACAGUCUAUUGGGCAGUAUAG